AUGGUUGAUUGUCUCUUUAAAUCAGUUUUUGUUUUAGAUGAUCCAGUGGCCUGCAAAUCCUGGUGGAAUGUAUUAACCCGGAAAUAUGUAAUUUUGUCCUGGUUGUCCGGGGGCCUUUGUAUACUACUGGGUGUCCUCUUUCUAGUCAUUCAUUUCCUGGUGGUUUCUAGGACAUCAUCUCUGCAAUACUUCCAAACCAUACCAGCAUACAUACCAGCUAUUGUGAUGAUAUGUAAUGGUAUCCUUGUAUCUUUAUUCAGCAAGGGAAGUCUAAGAUAUCCAAGCCUGAUAAAAUUGACUGGUUGCUUUUGCUUAAUAAGUUCUGCACUUUGUGUUGUUGUGACGAUAACAACAACUGUCAUCCACAUGAACAGAUUACAGACACUGCGUGAAUGUGUUUAUCAAUCAUCUACUAAGACAUGUACAUGCUUCGCUGGAAUCCUAGAUCCUAGAUCUAUAGAACAUGAAGUUUCCUUUGUAAUAAAGUGUGAUGGGUUUAGGGGAAUGUUUGGUUUAUCUGUUAUUGGUAUUCUUGUCAGCAUAUUCUCUUGUAUGCUGGUUUAUCAAAUACUCAGUCAUGAGAAAAAGAAGCAAUAUCUUCAGCAGUUAGAUUCUCAAUGUAGAACUAUGUACUGCAGGCCUGGUAUUUCCAGAUCUGUACAAAGUUACUGCAGUACAGAGAGUAAUUGUCAGUGCAGUAGACAACAGUUAGACUAUCUAAACUACAGGCUCUGGGGUCGACGAUGUGAUAACCUCUAUUCUCCGACCCCUUUAAACACAAUGAGCACCAGGACAGGGACACCAAGUUCCCUGCUAGGUUGGGGGUCAUCCUGGUCCAGGGGGGACCCAGGACCAGCAGGGGAUCAGGGGCACUGGAGAACUUCACAAGCCGAUGAUGUUUAUGGAUUCAGGCCUGGAGUUGGAUUAAGCUCAUCUCGUCAGAUCAGUUCCUGUUAUACAGUUACCGAUCUACUAAGAAAAGGAAUGCUAGGAUCUAGUCACGUGACAGGAUUACAAAAUGAUAGUUUACCUAACCUACUCUGGGGACCUCCUCCACCCUACUCAUCAUCUGUACCUCAGGGUCAGGACUCAGCUCUUUCACAGUCUCUGAGUAAUCAUCUUAACCCUCAGAUAUCUUUCUCCAGCUCUCAUCCAACCUUCAUCCCCUCACCUCCAUCCUCCUCAUCCAUCUCCUCUCCUUCAUCCUCCUCAUUCAUCACAGCUCCAACCGCUCAUCCUUCGCAAUUUACUUCAAAUGUUAAUCCUACAUUUCAACCUCAAUCCAUUACAUCUCAAUCUUCCAAUCCUCAAUCCUGUUCUCCUGCUCCAACCCCUUCCUCCUCCUCCUUCUCUCCUGCUCCGAUCCCUUCCUCCUCCUCCUUCUCUCCUGCUCCGACCCCCUCCUCCUCAUCCUUCUCUCCUGCUCCCACCCCUUGUCCCUCCAUAUACUCCCAGAUCCUUCCUGCCCCUAUCAUCUCUCCUACUGAGAGUAUACCAAGAAAAUCUAAAUCUGGCCUGGUUCAGGACUCCAGGCUCAAUAAAUAUCCUCAGCCUGCUCCUUCCUCCUUUACCAGAGUUACCAGAGAACCUAGAGAACCAGAGGAACCUGAACGAUUUAAAGAACCUGGAGAAUUAAGAGAACCUAGUCAGGAGAAAAUUCAAAAUUACCAGUCCGAGGGGGAGGAGCAAUCCACCCACACCUACCAGACUAUACAGGGGGAAGGACGGCAAAACCACACCUACCAGACUAUACAGGGGGAGGGACGGCCAAACCACACCUACCAGACUGUGCCGGGGGAGGGGGGGCAUAUCUAUCAAGCCCUGCAGCUCCGGAAACGAGGGGAAAAUAAACACGAGGAGGAUUUGAACGAAAUCAGGAAGGCGUUAGAAUCUCUGGAUCAAGGAAUACCUAGAAUACAAUCCAGAUCGAUCCCGUAUAUCUGUGAUGCAGCGGGGAUGAAGUUGGGACCAGAUACGGGUUUGAGAUCUUGGUUGGGUUCGGAGCAGGUUCAAGUUGUUGCAGAUCUUCAUACUGCUACACCUCAACCAAAUCUGUACAGAAACCAUUCUUCUCCGGGUUCAGAAGAGGAAAGGAUGGCUCAACAGGAUGAAAAAUCACAAACUUUAAAUCUGCAGACCAUGCUCAGAUCACAGUCCUCAGGCUCGAUAGGAACCUUUCCGGAUUCGUCCUACUCAGGGUCUAAGCUAACACAGAGGAAUAUGUCAACCUCUUACCUAUCUGGAGCUGGAAUACCUCAGUUUAUCAGUUCUCCAAACCAUCCAGAUCCAAACUAUCCCUUUUCUCGUUUACAUCCUCUUUCCAGACUCCCGGAUCCUAACAAUCCUCUCUCAAGGCUCCCGGAUCCUAACAAUCCUCUCUCAAAGCUCCCAGAUCCUAGCAAAACUCUCUCAAGACUUCCGGAUCCUAACAAUCCUCUCUCCAGGCUCCCGGAUCCUGGGUAUCCUUUUUCCCGGCUCCCGGAUCCAAACCGUCCCGUCUCCAGUAUCCAGGACACUCUCCCCGUCUCACAUGUCUCUGAGUCUUCUAGUUGUGUCUCUCCUCCAGGAAAUUACUCCGGAAACAUGGAUUUCUCUAAACCUUUCUCUUCUCAGUUCUCUAAACACGACUCCACCUCCCCUGCUAAGCAGGGAGCUCCCACCACCCUUAUCUCUCCUUCCAGGAGAAUGCAGGGUUUCCUUCCCAACAAAAUCUUGUCCGGGUUUGUAGCGGCGGGUUCAACCAACAUUGCUCCUAUCUCUGCUAAACCUGCAGGGUUUCAGUCUCAACCCAACCUGAUAGGGUUGCCAAAACUCUCAUCUGUAUCAACCUACGCAGUGCACGAGGGCAAUAAUAAGAAAAAAGAAAAGAUCUUUACUUCAGGUUCUAAACCUUGUAAACCUGUAUCUAGUAUAUCUAGUCAAAUCAAUGCUCUGGUGUCUCCAACCCGCCUGGUGUCAAAUCGGUUUUCUGGCAGUACAGAUUCAACCCAAGCAGGGGAAACCCCGCCAUUAAACCAUGGUUCAGUUAAACCUAAAUCUCCUCCAAUUGUUCAACCUAAACCAGUCCUAUCUCCGGGUUCUAGUAGAGAAUACUUCUCUUCUAAACCUGAAUCUUCCUCCUUUAAUAUAUCUCCGAUAAACAAAUCCUUUCCCCCAGACUCCAACUCAUCCAACAGUACUGUUUCAGGAUUUAAACCUGUUCUAACCAAACCUCAACUAGGCCGACAUACAGAGCAUCGACAACAUGAGGUCGAAGGUCGGCAGGUUCAGGUUGAGAGUCGAGAUUGUGUUUAUCUCCGUCCUGGACAAAAUAUACCGGAUGGGUUUAAUUACAAGUUUAAACCAAUAGGAGAGGACGGAGAGGAUGAGAAGAGUAAGAACGAACUGUAUACGUCCAGUGACGAUAUUGUUCUUACUCUUAGGUCCGUUCAAGUCUGAUUGAUGAGUUCAGGACUGUCCGAAUCGAGUGAUUUUUGUUCAAAACUAAAUAUCUCAUUAUGUUAUGUUAAAAAUUGAACUAACUUUUUGUUAGUUCUGUGAAUUAAAAUUAAAUUUUAAAAUAUUUUUUUCUUUUUAUUAUUUUGUUACUAGCCAAUGAACUAUGCAUUUAAAAUUGUCUUACUGUAUAUGUUAUAAAAUGCAUUUUCAUGAUGUUAUUGUGACUAACAUAUCAUUC